ACUAUAUCUGAUUGAUGAUAAUAACAAAGAAACAUCACCGAAAUCAGAUAUUUUAAAACUGAAAUUAUUUCGAAAAAUCGACUCUGUAUUGAACGAAACUUUGACCUGAAAAGUAAUUAUUCACCAGCAUGCUUUACAUUUUGGCGUUGUCGCUUUGCUUAGGCAUUGCAAAUUCCAUGGAAUUGAAUAUUUGUCAGGACAAACCAGACGGUCUUUUCAUUCGUGAUCAUUCGUCUUGUGCAAAAUAUAUCGGCUGUUACAACAACAUGGCACUUUACGGAGAGUGUCCGAAAGGAUUUGCUUUCAAUCCAACGAAUGGAAUGUGUGACUAUCCAGAGAAUGUAAACUGCGAAAACAUCUGUCCCCAGAACGGUACAUCGACAUUCAGAUUUGAGAAAUCCUGCACGAAGUAUGUUCGCUGCAUCGGUGGUACAGCAUCAUUUGUCGAGUGUCCAGCUGGUUUGUACUACGACCAUCAUCAUGGUAACUGCAAUUUACCGGAAGAAACCGAUUGCGAAAUAUUGAUCUGUCAAUCAUCGGGAUCCUAUUUCGUUCCGAGUCACGAAGACUGUGCUGACUACUACGAAUGCAAUAAUUUUGUUCCAACCAUACGAAAAUGCUCGGAAGGAUUAUACUACAACGAAUUGACACAAAUGUGCGACGUGAAAAGUAAUGUCCCUUGCAUUAUGGUUCCAGAGUACUCUGAAGAGGAGAAUGAUUACGCUGAUGACAUUGGUAUUUCAUGUCCACCAACUGGCGCCCACUUUUACCCACAUCCAACCAACUGUCAAUAUUACUUCUUAUGUGUGAAUGGCAUCAGUGCAAAACUAGACUGCGGUCAUAACAUGGUCUAUGACUAUUCCACACAGAAAUGUGACUUGGCUGCACGUGCCGUAUGCAUUAAAUCUGUCUUUUAUAACAGCGGGCGUGUCAAAAUGAAAGGAAAAAGCGCAAUUCUGAUUUUCUUAUGCUUUGCAUUGACUCCAUUGAAUAAUGGCUUUCGUGUUGAGCGGAACGAUGACGAUUCUGUUCGGCCUUUAGACGAAGACGAGAUCUUCAAUGAGAUCCACGAAGACGAGAUCUUCAAUGAAAUCCACGAAGAUGAGGUCUUCAAUGAAAUCCACGAAGAUGAGGUCUUCAAUGAAAUCCACGAAGCCGAUGAACAAAUUACAAUUACAAGUCCUGUAACUGAAGAUUUUGGUGUUGACGGAAAUUUGGAAAACGGUUUUCCCACUGAACUUUGUGACGCAGAGGGAUCAAAAAUGUUUUUACCGAUUACCAGAAACUGUUCGUUAUUUUAUGAUUGCACAAACAAGGAAGGGAGUGCUUGUCCACAUGGCAUGUGGUUCGAUCCCAACUACCUUGACGAUACAUUCUGUCAAUUUCCAGAAGUUAUUUGUGCCGCCGAUAAUACCAUUUGUAGCUGUGCUCAAGAUUAUCCACCUCCACCGCCUGAUCCUUUGAUUGAAUCGUCAGUAUCAUGUUUGAAAGAUAAUCGGUUUCAUGUAAUGCCAAGUCGAGUGAGUUGUGGCCGAUACUUUAUUUGUCACAAUGACAUGAAAUACCGAAUGGAAUGUCGACAAGGACUGCAUUACAAUGACAACACGGAAACGUGUGAUUAUCCGGAAAUUGUUAAUUGUAGAAUGCAAGACCCAGAAUGUCCAUCUGAGGGUAUAAAAUUUUUGCCAGACGCAACGCGUUGUGAAGUCUUCUACUUUUGUGUACAUGGCUUCAAAACCAAGCAAAUAUGUCCAUUUUACCAUAUCUGGGAUAUACGAUCAAACUCUUGUAGACGACAAGAUGAGGCAGUAUGUCAUUUGGAGCAAUAAACUUGAAUCAAGUUACUUGUUGUAAAUA